AUGCCUCUCAAAAUUCGCAUGUCAAAUGGAGUCGACGUCCCGUUUAUUGGCUUGGGAACCGGAGGAAAAGUUUUUUUUAGUUUUUUAUUUCUUCGUUCAAAUUUUUAGUGAAAUGAAAAAAUUGCAAAAAACAAAAUAAAAUAAAUGGACUCCAAGAAUUAAAAACCCAAAAAACAAAUUAUUGAUACGAUUUGUAUUUUUUCUAAACUUGAAGAACUAUUUUUACACUUUUCAAUCCGACUUUUUACGAUUCUCGUUGAUCAGACACCGCAGAUACAAUUCUAUUUUAAACGAUCGUACAGCAACAUUAAAAUUGAGACUUUGACGUGAAAUAGCACUUUUCGUUUGAAAAGUACCAUGAUAAAAACAGUUUUUUCCUGUUGCGUAAACAAGCUCGCCUGCGUACUUUCGUGCAUAAAUUUGAAUGAAAAAAACGCAAGCAAAAACGUUUUUGUGGUGAGAAAGAUUCGAUUUUUAAGCCAACAGACGAAGAGGAGCUGGAAGAAGCGCUCCGAACAGCUCUCACAUUAGGCUACCGCCAUAUCGACACGGCUCAUUCGUUAGUUUUUUAAAGAGGCUCUUUUUGGACUUAUUGUCCGGUUUAGUAAAAGAUAAAACUUGCAAAAGUUUACGUCUAGGGUUCCUGCUUUGAGUUCAAAAAAUUAUCUUCUAACCUUUUGUCUUUCAAAAGACCAUGAAUUUUUUUUUACUUUCAUAGCUCACAAAAUUUGAGGCUUCAUAAUUCGUCUAAAAAAAAAUUGAAGCCGAUUCGCUUUUAAAAAUAUUUUUGCACACUUCAAUUAAAUUUCCUGCUGGUCACCUAAUUUUUUUCCCAAAGAAAGGCUUCUCAUAUGCGUUGUGCUUUCAUGAAUCAGUUUCAAACUUUUUCAGGUAUGGUACCGAGAAAGUGAUUGGGAAAGUUCUUCAAGAUUUUUUCAAUGAAGGAAAAAUCACCCGUGAACAAAUUUUCGUCACGACAAAAGUUUCAGGACUGUUGAAAUGUUCUGAAAAUGAAGAUUUCAGUUAGCUUGUACCGCCCAUCGGUUCGAGGAUGUCCAACAUUGUCUGCGCAGUCAAUUGGCCGACUUACAGCUUGGAUACGUCGACCUAUAUCUUGUGCACUCUCCAUGCGCUAUGCAGGUCACUCGAAAACCAAACUUCAAGCUGUGUCAAGCUUUUUCUGUACAUUUUGGGUUUCUUACAACUCUUUCGUGCUUAAACUCUUGAUUUAUAUUUCACAGUUUCAGGCCGUUCCAAAAAGUGAAGGAGAAACUAAACUUGAACCCUUGAAUAUUGACAUUUGCGAAACAUGGCGUGGGAUGGAAGCCGUAAUAAAAAAAUCACACAUUCAACAGAGAGAACACAUUUUUAGGUUUUCAAUCAAGGUUUGACCAGGUCGAUCGGGGUUUCCAACUUCAACGUGGAGCAAAUACAACAGGUUUACAGCACGGCAAAGGUGAAGCCUCAUAACCUGCAGGUACUCUGAGUUGCAAGCAGCUUUCAGUGACGGAUUUCAGAUAGAAAUUCAUUUGCACUGGCCUCAGAAAGAGCUCAUCACUCUCUGUAACGCACUGCACAUCACAGUGACUGCGUAUGCUCCGCUCGGAUGUCCUGGUGAGAAAUAUAUAACAAUGGCCUUUUUAUAACAAAAACUUCUUUUUGAAACGGAUAUCAAUCUGAAUCGGUGAAAAAAAUUUUUCUCACCUUUUUCUCAUUGUUCUUUUUGUGGCCAAAAAAGAUAUGAAAAAAAAGUUUUUCAGUUUCUCUUGUUUUGGAUACGAGUGAUAGAUUUCCCAUUUGUUUUGAUACUGAUUAGAAAAAAAAUGUGGAAGGUCUCGAAUGUUUUUCAAUAAUUCAAUUUCAGGAAAAAAGAAAGAAAGUCACUGGCCUGACGUUCUACCUUUGGAUGAACCUAUCUUGCAAGUACUUUCGGAGAAGUAUCAUCGUACACCUGCUCAAAUUCUUCUGCGUCACUUGACUCAACGUAACAUCAUCGUUAUACCAAAAAGCACGAACGGAAAGCGCUUGAAAGAGAACCUGGAGGUAUUUUGAUGGGAUGAAGUCCAUAAGAGUCAAAAUUCAGAGCACAGACUUCUUUUUGGCAGAUGAGGACAUCGAAAAAUUGAACCAUAUUCCAUCAAAGUGUCGACUGUAUAGGUGGAGAGAGAGGUAACAACGUUUUCUGAAAAGUUCUGCAGCAUGUCAAAAAUCUUAACCUUUCGAACGAAAUUUCGAUUCUCAUUCUGAACAGCCUUAUGGUUUUUGAGAAUGGAAACUAAAAAAUUCCAGCGGAAAGCAUAGUCGUGUAGACUUUUCUUAAGAUUUAGUGAAAUUUGCAACAGCUAAUACUAAAAAGUGUCCUGCCUAGUUUUUAGCAAGUUGCUGAUAAGAAUAAGACUGAAAUAACUCAAAGAAUACCUAUUUGGUUUAAUGAAUUAAAAUGUAAAAUUUGCAGAACUUCGCAUCCGCGCUACCCUUUCACCGAUGAUUAG